AUGAAUAAAAUCGAACUUGAUGAAACAUUGAUAGAAAACGCCCUAUUUUCCGAUGUUAUCAAGGCAAUCUCUGAUAAAUUUAAAACAUUCAAAGGACAAAUUAAAAUAGAUGGAGAGAUAGUCGAGGAAGGGAAUCACAGACAAUACAUGUCACUCCUCGGUUUCAAUGCCAAAACUUUUCACAAUAUCUUUUCAAAUAUGGACAAAAAAUCCGAUGCUUCCGAUUGGUAUUUUACAGGAAAAAUAAUUUUAAUGAAAGACAAUUUCCAAGAAAUAAAAAGGUCGAGAGUUGGCAGAGGAGGAACUGAUCUACUUAAAAAGAUAAAUGAAUACGAAGGCGAAAAUUGUUACAUACCUACAGAUGGUCACUGUUUUAUCAAAUGCGUCAAUCGUGUUUUAAACGAAGACUACACGAGAGAAUUUCAAGAAUACAUCAACGGGUUUUCAGAAGCAAAUAGAAAAGGAGUGAUGACUUGUGCUAGAAUGAAUGAAUUCAACAAGAAAUUUAACACUUCGUUUCAAAUUUAUAAUCCCAAAAACAGACAUUUUCACCCCAGAGACGUUCACGAUGAAAUAGAUUGGGUUUUGUACUUACACAACUCGCAUUUCUGUUUGAUUAGAAGAAGCCAAAAAAGUUUGGGAAUUCAAGAAAUAGAAGACAAUUACGAACAGGUGUGGAAAACGUGUAGAGACGACAACGCAGUAACACAGGUUUCACCCCUCAAACUAAACGUGCUUUCGAAUUUAAAGCCUACAGAUCCCAUUCCAGAAGAAUUUUAUGAUAAACUAAUGAAUGUAGUAGAAAUAUUUGUAGGUACAGAUUGCAUCGAUCAAAUGUUGAAAUAUUUAGGUCAAUAUGAUAGAAAGAGAUUAAUAUUAAUUUCUCAUAACGGCAGUGGAUUCGACAACUGGAUCGUGCUUAAAAAUGCAAAAAAACUAACGCAUUGCCCUUUAAAAACACCCAGAGGAAUUCUAUCUUUUCCUUUAUCUAAUCCAUACACGGAUGAAGAUUUACAGAAAAAAUGGAAAAGACAGAAAGAAAUAAAGGGUAAUUAUUUACAACAUAUUAAUUUCACAUGUUCCUAUCAACACGAAUCCUCUAGUUUGGUUGCAUGGGGAAAUUCUUCCAAUCUUCCCGCGAAUUUGAGAAAGAUUGCCGACGUAGAUAUCGCUAAAUACACGCAAGACAACUGGGAGGAAUUGAGACACGAAUGGGAACCUUACGCCAAGAGAGACACUCUCUGUUUGGGAGCAUGUUUGAUAAAAUACAACCAAGUCAAGAAGUUGUAA